AUGAAGUUCUCCACAUCCUCUUUGACUCUCCUCGCCGCCUCCAUCACCCUAGCCAACGCAGCAACCCUCGACCAAUGCUCAAUCUCUCUCCUCGGCCUAGUCUCAGACCCAGGUCUCAACACCUGCCUGCCCAUGCAACAGCUCUCCUCACUCGUGAGCGCACCCCUCAUCACCCCACUUAUUGUCAACAACACCGCAACCGCUCUCUGCUCCCUCCCCAUCUGCCCUACCGCCUCUGUCGCCCUUGUCCAGAGUACUGUCACUCAGAACUGUGUUAAUGCGACCGACCCGGCCACCGCAGAACUCGUUCUGGGCGCCGCAAGCUUGUACCCUCCGUUCAGGGAUGGUAUGUGUCAACGUAUCCCCGGCGGGAAUGGAACCUUCUGUAUCACGGAGCUGGCCCAGACCAUGUCGGACUACCUUACCAAGCACCCCUCACCACUCGGCAUCAAGAUCUUUGCAAACUCGACAGUCCUCCAACAAUACGUCGCCGAUAUGCCAACGGCGCUCCUGUGCACUCCUUGCAACAAGGCCAUCAUCAACCCUAUCCAGAACUACAUCACGGCCAACAAGGCCACCAUGAAGCCCACGAUCUUGGAGUGGGCGAAUAUUCUCAACACGGGGGCGGCGAGCAAGUGUGGCGCGGAUUUCACGAAUGGACAGAAGCCUACUGCGACCGCUGGGUCUGCUUCGCCAACGGGGGGUGCUAGCGGCAGUGGUGCGGAAGGAAUGAAGAUUGGUGGUGGGUCGAUGGCAGCAUUGGCUGUUGCGAUCAUUGGAGCUUUGUUUUAA